AAAACAUCUCAAAAUUUAAGUUUGUUUGGAAUAUUCUGUGAAAAUGGCGUCCGCAGGAAAAAAGGGUAAAAAGAACAAGGGAACAGUCAUUUCGCUGCAAUCGUUUCUUUCUAAUGGUGAAACACCAGCCGGAACAACGCAAGUUUCGAAAAAAAUUAGAAACUUGGAUGGCGAUGACAGUGACGACGGGAGUAGCACAUUACCUUCAGUUUAUCAGCUUCCUACUGCGCCUCGAGCAAAUCGGAUAUUUGAUGAUAAUUCCAUUCCGCACAGGCCUCCUUUUAUAGCUUACAUCAAUAACUUGCCUUUUGAUGCGAACGAAGACGACCUUUAUGAAUUUUUUGGGUCUAUAAAUUUAAUAUCAUUGCGCCUACCACGGGAAGAUGGUGAAAACGGACGAUCCCGUGGUUUCGGCUAUGUGGAAUUGGAAAGCAGGGACGAUCUAAUUCAUGUGCUUAGCUUGCCAGACCCAUCCAUCAAAGGACGGCGCAUUCGUAUAGAGCUAUCGAAUGAAAAUGACCAGCAAAACCGUCCAAAAACGAAUCGUCGUUUUGAAGGGUUUGGUAAUAGCAGUGACAAUAGAGACUCUGUGAAUUGGAGGCGAGAUAGUCAAAAUAAUGGCAGUAGUUUUGGUGGAUAUACAGCGAAUUUUGACAGAGGCUUUAAUCGAGAAAGGAAACCUAUAACUGAAAGGGAAGAAUCUAACGCACCUGGAUCUUGGCGCACAAGCGUGAGACCCCAAUCUAAUGAUUCUUCGCCUCCGAGGAGAGACUUUGAUCAAACUAAUGACAGAUUUCGAGAUGGUCGUGGAAAAAAUAUUGAACGUUAUGUAACAGAUGACGACUCUAAACAAGAAGAAAGGCCAAGGUUGAACUUGAAACCUCGAACGCUACCUUUACCAGAUAUAAAGACAAACCCAGAUUUUGAAGAUGCUGAUAUCAAUGAAACAAAUGUUUCAAAGCCGGGCUUGACAACAUCAUUAAAUGUGUUUGGCUCAGCUAAGCCAGUAGAUACAGCUUCGAGAGAAUUAGAGAUAGAAGAACGCUUAGCUCGGAGGCAAGACAAGAUUCGGAACGAAGACGAGCAUUUAAAUGAAAAAUUGGCAGAAGUUCAAAUAGAUAAAAAUGAAAAUGAAAGUAUCAAUGCAGCUGUCAAUUGGCGCCAAAAUCUGGAAAGCAGCGACGAUAACAGAAGUAACGCGUGCUCACAAGAUGAUAGACGUCGUGAUGAUGUUAACAGAUCUAACAAAUCUCGUGACCAUGACAGAUCUGAAAAUGUAAAAGGAAAAAUAAGCACAAACGACGAGGGAAAGUACAAAGAGGAUAACAAAAACACACGUAAUGAUCGAGAACUGCCCAAGUAUAAUCCUAACCAGACUGGACCAGUUUUGCAAUCUUCCAACAAAUAUUCUGGACUUGACGACGAGGGAUCUGAAUAAAUAAAUAACUUAUGUAUGUUUCUUAUAAAAGAUUAAAUGAAUUCAAAUAAAGAAAUUAAAUAUAGCUUAA